AAACCUAAUUCUACUAGAAGACUACUAACUAUAAUAAGAACUAACCUAUUAGUAGUAAUAAUAAUAAAUAUAGAAACCCGAGAUAAAUCGGUUUCUAACAUCUCCUCCCCCUUCAGACCAACCUUGCCCUCAAGGUUGACCGCCUUGACCCACUUUUCCUUCCCACAUAAUGCGUACGCUGACUCCCCCAUUUCUUGCACUUUCGUUUCUUCCAAUCAUGCACCACUCCUCGACUUGGCCUUCUUGCUUAUCCACAUGCUUGUUGCUCAAACUCUUCUGAAAGCCCAUGAGCUAAACCACUAUACCCAUCCACUUUGUCUUCUAAUUCCACCCCACAUAAAAGGUCUCCAGGUGGCCCAAUGUUCUCAAAAGGAUAAGGCCCACGUCUGUUAAUUAAACUCACUACCAGUUUUGUGUUGGGCCCGCUACACAGUCCUUGUUGGGCCCGCUUUUCUCUCAUAUUUGGCCCAACUCCAUAUAUGAGCUCUACUACCAAAAAACUUAAUUGAAAUUCAAAUAUUUGCUGCUUUUGAGUCCCGUUAGCCUCUUUGACCCGUUCAUAGUCUUUCUCUUUCUCGGCCCGAGAGUUGGACCACAAAAAACCGUAAUGGGCUCAGACUUUGGCCCAUCCAAAUCCUCAAUUGGAGACCCAGAACAUAAUUUGGGCCUUUCUUGCGCAGCUAAGGUGGAAGGUGGAGAAGGCCCCCUUCGGGAGGGGGGGGGGGGGGGGGGGUCUGAGCCAUCAGUGAGAUACCACUCUGGAAGAGCUGUGAGCAAAGAGGUGCCACCGCCUUCCUCCUCAAUCGUUAGCUUCUUCAAAUCCAACUCCUCCCGCGGCGACUCCUCCGGCAUCGAGCCCUCCUCCCGACGGCGACGAGCCCGGCUUGCUUCCGACCACAUCCACGUCCUCACCUCUUCGUCAGUCGUUGCCCCCGUGGAAGCUAUAGCCAGCGGGUACUCCAACUGCUCCCCCACCCCGCGGCUCUCCUCGGUCCCCUCGACUUCGUCGUCCGCUGUGCCGCUGGUCGCAAACGGCUUCUCGUCGGUCCCGCCGGCACCUACGGUCGGUGCUGCCUUGCCGUCGCGUCAUUACCACCGUCCUCCUUGCGUCGCGACGCGUUCCUCUUACAGUACUCGACGAUUUGCCGCAGCUGCUCCCGUCGUUGAGUCCACGUCGACUCCGAGAUAUUGUCGCACUCAUUAGGAUUUCAUCUGCCUGCGCGAUUUUCACCUUGUCCCCAUCAGCCACGGCGGACAGCGGCAGCCCACUUGCCGCGUCGUCCUCACCAUCCUGCGCGAUAGUACGCAGCCCGUGCUCCUUCCAAAGACCCAAAGUACAUAUAUAUAGGAAAAUACUAGGAAACCCUAACAAUAAACCUAAUUCUACUAGAAGACUACUACCCAUAAUAAGAAUUACCUUAUUAGUAGUAAUAAUAAUAAAUAUAGAAACCCGAGAUAAAUCGAUUUCUGACAUCCUACCAUAUUGGUAUGUUCAUACCAUCAUCGUACGCUUUCUACCAUAUGGUAUUAAAUGAGAGCAUACCAUAUGGUAAUGACUGGUAAAAAAUGACUCAAUUUAUUUUUAAUAAAAAUAUAUCAAAGUGGAUAUAAUUUUAAAGAGCACAUUUAAUUUGAUUUAUCUGUGCAAAAAAAUUUAAAUUUUGACAUAAAACGAGAGAGAAAUCGUCCGUUAAAGAUUAAAGGGGAAAAGAUAAAAGGCUUUCCAGAAGAAAGAGGGAUGUUGAUAUCAUGCUGAUGUGAACGGGUUACCUCAUCCGCUCCCGUGAGUAACCAUGACUAACUCGUUCACAUCAGCAUGAUAUCAACAUCCCUCUAUCUUCUGGAAAGUCUUUUAUCUUUUCCCCUUUAAUCUUUAACGAACGAUUUCUCUCUUAUUUUAAGUCGAAAUAUAAUUUUUUUUGCAAAGAUAAAUCAUAUUAAAUAUGCUCUUUGAAAUGAUGUCCACUUUGAUAUAUUUUUAGUACAAAAGAAAUUGAGUAAUCUUUUACCAGUCAUUACCAUAUUUAAUACCAUAUUGUAAGAAAGCGUACCAUGAUGGUAUGAACAUACCAAUAUGGUAAGUAGGUUGAAUAUAUGGUAGUAGGAGUAUACUAACUGUCAUUUACGAUUUUUAUAAUUGUUUACUACAAGUUACCACCCACAUACCAUAGUGGUAAAGUAUGGUAAUAUUUUGUCCAGUAUUUUUUUACCCAAAAAAUUUGUAGAAACAAUAUAUCAUGAUGAACUCGUUUCUUCUGAGCAAACUUUUUCAAAAACGACUUAAAAACGAAGAAGUUACCAUAUGGUAUGUAGUUGGUAACAGGUGGUAUGAAAAAAAGUUUCUCGAAAUAAUUUGAAAAUUGAUCUCAUUUUUUAGAGCACAACGAACUCGUUUCAUCUGUGCAAAAAAAAAAAAAAAAAUUCGAGUUAGAACGAAGAAGAUAAUAGUCGAUUAAGAACACUAGGAAAAAUUUAAUUGACAACCCUUAGAUCUGGAUUUUCUGGGUCUAUUUAAAUCUAAAAGUCCAAAUUUAGUUACUCAGGUCAGUAACGCGUAAUCAAUGGUUAUUGUCUGACCCUAUCCUAAGUCGUUACUCACUAUAAUUACACUGACCUGAUCCGCCUUUUUUUUUCUGGUCUAAGUUGCGGAGUUAAGAUAGAUCUCCACCAAAGUUGGUAAUCAUUGAAAGGAGCUGGUCGGGAAAAGAGUACUAUGCAUAUGCACAUUAUUUUGUUCAGUUAUAAAUAAAAGUAAAACACUUAC